AUGAAAGAAAAUAAUAUAAAAAAACUGACUGAAACAGUUCUCAUGCCUUAUUUCGGGAAUCUUCAGAAGAAAUAUGCGCCUUCCUCUCUAUGGGCAACCUAUUCAAUGCUGAAAAGUACGCUUAUAGCCUACAAUAACAUCAACAUUUACACGUACUCUCAGUUAUUAAAUUUCCUAAAGCAAAACGGAAAAUGACACGAAUCAAAAAAAUCCAAGGAAUCAACAGAAGAAGAAUGUCGUCAAUUCAUUACUUUCGCUCCAGAUGAUCAGUAUUUCCCACUCAAGGUAGCACUAAUUUUUGGUAUCAACGGGGCAUGUCGACUUCAUGAGCUACAUGAGAUGACAAUGAAUAGGUUGCAAGAUUUUGGUAAUUACUAUCACAUUUCUUGGCCAAAAACAGAAGUCAAAAAUAGCAAGGACAGAUCUUUCUCGGUCGUGCAACCAUUCUACCAUGUGGUCAAAAAGUAUAUUGACACAAGGCCUUCAGAUUGCACAUUGAAUGAAAUUUUUUUAAUUUUUCGGGAUGGUAAAUGUAUUAAUUCACCCAUGGGCAUUAAUAAUCUCGGCAGCAUCCCCAAGAAAAUUGCUGAAUUCCUGCACCUUCCAAAUCCAAGUGCCUAUACUGGCCAUGCUCUUCGGAGGACCGCUGCUACAAUAUACGCAAACGCAGGUAGCACAGUGUUAGGAUUAAAAGAGCUUGGAGGCUGGAACUCCGACAAAAUUGCUCAACAAUAUGUGGGUAAAUCCCAAUACAACAAAAAAAAGACAAGUGCUACGAUAACAAGGGCCAUCCUGGGUACGAAACAUGCUGAGCUUUCCAAACCUGACGACAACUCCAAGUUUGACCAUUUUCAAACACAAACUCCAUUGUCCCCACAAAAAGACACUCUGGAACGACAGCAAUCUAAGGCUUUGGAACUCUCAGAUAAAGACCCGGCGUCCUCACAUGGAGAAGGGGAGUCCUCAGACGGGAACAAGAAGUCCCUAGUGGAGAACAAGCAGUCCUCCGAUGAAAACAGGAAGUCCCCAAAUGAGGAGAUUGAGUCUCCAGAUAAGUACAGGAAGUCGGGUGCCGAGAAAAAAGAGAAUCUGCCACCAAAUUCUGUAGAAGUACAAAAAAUCAUAAACAAUGACGUACGAAGAGAGGAGGUUAUCCAUUAG